AUGACUGUGGAGUGGAAAUCGGUCGACAUAAUUUUAUUCGACACAUCAGGGAAUGUCACUUACGGCAUCUCCGGGCUUCGCGUCAGCAUGCAGCCACAAGCCAAACGGAAGAGGCAGAGAGGAAGCGAGAAGCACACGGCGAUUUUCUCGAUAUUGGCAGAAAAGUGUUAUCUGGCAACGAGAGCCAGGGAGGAGCAAGAAGACGCCGAAGGACACAGUGAUUUUUCCCAUACGGAAAGAAACGAGUCGGAAUCAGUGAAUUUGCCGCCAGACGAGGAAGAGACAGGGCGAGAAGACGCUGACCAGCAGGUUGAUUUUUUCUACCCAGAAAGUAGAGAACCAGAACCCCAUGUCUUCAGGCCAGGGCCUGCCUUUUGGGAUUUUGAAGCCAACCCUUUACCUCCCGUCACACGCCUCAAACCACAAAAGGCCAGCUUGAUAUCAAAACUAUCAAAGCUUUCGUGGUGGAGGCGAGAAUCGUCUCAUUGUACCCAAGAGAAGACACGGACUUCACGAGAAACUGUAUACGCUGCGCGAUGCAAGGAGCUCCUGAUUGUUUUACCUUGGAAAGCAGAUCGGUGGGCGCGGCAGCGAAGCGAGACAGAUCGGCGCCGCACGACUAAUGAAAGCGAGCACUCCAGUCAACACAGAGGCCGUCAGAGUAGCGUUGACACAUCAUUGCAUCGAUCCGACACCGUAACAUCCACGGCUGACUCCAGAGUUGGACAGACAAGUGAUGGUGAACACGAAUCAGGCUGUUAUCGUUGCGAUCGAGUCAAGCUCGAUGCAGUGGCAACUAGGCAUUACGAGACGAUCUCAGAGGGGUGCGACUGCGACUGUGGGCGGCCUAUGCACCGCGUCGCGGUUUCGCAGCUCGCAGACUAUUGUAUUACCCCUCCCUGGGAUGCCCAACACGCAGGAUACCUAUCGGAACGAGUAUAUAUAACCCGGCAUGUUCACUGUGGAGCUUUCAAUACGGAUGCCAGAAACGUGUUGGCCAAGCAGGACGACGAUCAACCGUUGGGCCACUGUCAACCCUCACCCCCGCAUCAAUCGGUGAAGUUCCGACAGAACCAUCAUCGCGCUGCAUUUUGGCAUACAAGGUUGCUUGACCCCAUUGCUUUCUCGUUGCCAAGGGCAAGGCAGAACCAUUUCUUAUCCUGUAUAUCCUCUCAGCACAACGGCAUUCAAUGGAUCCGACAGUCGUCAUUUCCCGCAAGCGAGGCAACGUUGGAACGCUGUCCUCCAGGACAUAAUGGCCGCGGUGCCGCCCUCUCCAACCUGGUGACGGCUCUCUACGACAGAUUCCAGAAAGAGGAAAUAGUCGCCGACUUGGAGGAAGCCAUCACACUCGAUCGUGCAGUGCUAGAGCUCCGCCCACCAGGGCAUCCUGAUCGCAGUUCCAGAAACAAGCCACAGUACCUGACUUGGAUGAAGCGAUUGAGGUAUUCCGUGCAGCAUUGGUUCUAUGCCCCCCCUGGAGAUCCUGACCGGUCUUCAUCGCUCCACAAUCUUGCCUUCUGUCUUUCGAAUAAAUAUGACAAUGGAGGAGUAGUUGCCCACUUGGAAGAAUCUGUUACACUUAGACAGGCAACGUUAGAGCUCCGUCCCCCAGGGCAUCCCGAUCGCGGUGCAUCUCUUAGUAAUCUUGCUUGCAGCCUCAUGAAGAGGUUUCAGACACAUGCUGCGAUGUGUGACCUGGAGGAGGCUAUUGAGCUGCACCGUGCAGCAUUGGAACUACGCCCCAUCAAGCAUCCUGACCGGUCUUCAUCGCUCUAUAAUCUUGCCCUGUCUCUUUCGAAUAGAAGUCUCGCUUGUGACCUCUGCAAGAGGUUCCUGAAACAAGCUGAAAUGUGCGACUUGGAGGAGGUCAUUGAGCUGCACCGUGCAGUAUUGGAGCUAUGUCCCUCUGGACAUCCCGAUCGGUCUUCGUCACUCCACAAUUUUUCUCGCUGCCUUCUGAAGAAAUACGAUAACCAGCGAGUAGUUGCCGACUUGGAAGAAGCUGUUGCGUUCGGACAUGCAGCACUGGAGCUCUGUCCACUGGGGCAUCCUGACCAUGAUGCAACUCUCAUACUUGCAGGACAUGCUACGGUCAAGCAUGCCAUUCACAAUAUCAUCUCUGAGACCCUCAAAACCAUGCCAACUAGGCUGCUACAUACAAGUACUGGUGUUCUGUGCGACCGGGAGGCACAGAUGUCGCAUUUUAUGAGCAGUGAACUGUAUGAUCAGUUGCUGUCUUGUUGCACAACGUGCGACCCGGAUUUGCGAAUGGAAAUCAUUCGUGCUAAUAUUCCAAAAUACUUCCAGUACAUCAUGCUUUCUCACCACUGGGGUGAAAGCGAGCCAUUAUUGCGUGACAUCGAAGACCACCCGAUAGAUGGCAUACCGACAAACGGGGGCCUUGGAAAGCUCCAAGCCUUCUGUCGUGUUGCUUUGGAGCGGGAUUACUUAUGGGCAUGGAGCGACACAUGCUGUGUAGACAAAGACAGUAGUGUCGAGUUCCAAGAAGCAAUAGGAUCAAUGUUCGCAUGGUAUCGACGGUCCGCCCUGACCAUCGUUUAUCUUUCUGACGUUCCCAACACUGGUUCGCUCGAGAGUAGCAUAUGGUUCGCACGUGGGUGGACUCUUCAAGAACUACUGGCUUCCCAGAAUAUACUUUUCUACACUCAAGACUGGUCCCUUUACAAGAACCUCAAGUCUUCGAAUCAUAAAACAGAAGUCUCUGUAUUGGAAGAGCUGGAAAGAGCAACCGGAAUAGAGGCCCGGUUCCUCACCAACUUUUCUCCGGGUAUGGAAGAUACAUCGCCUAUGCACUCUUCCGGAAUCUUUAAUCUCCGCCUACCCAUCCUGUAUGGCGAAUCUGCUGAAAAUGCCCUCGGCCGUCUCCUAGCAGAAAUCAUAUCACAAUCUGGGGAUAUCUCAAUUCUGGAUUGGGUCGGAUACGCAUCACCCUAUCAUAGCUGUUUCCCUGCCGACAUCACCUCGUAUCAAACGCUACCAUUUUCUCCAUGUCAAGCUAGUGCGGAAGAGCAUAUGUUGAUGAUGGGUCAGCAGCCCAUGCCAUCCUCCACAGCACUGCAAAAGCUGCAUCGCUCGCUCACUGAGCUGCCCCUUCCACGAUUUCUCAACCACCGCCUUAUACUGCCAUGUAUAGCUCAUCGUGUUACUGCGAUUCAGCUGAAAACGGCAGAUCCACAUGCCCCGAGCUACACGUAUGAAAUACAGGCCUCCGGUCUGAGGCCAUUCGAGAUCACACUGCCAAGCGAGCUAGAAAAUGCGACAAUAUUGUCAGGUGCUCUGCAGCUCGUUCGUCCUUGGCAUCCGAAGUUGCUUGGUUCACCCGCCGAGCUGUACACCACAUCCAAAGAGCAGCUGUUUUCCACACUGGGAAGGCCCUUUAACGCUCUUUUGUUGACCCAAUUACUUCAAUACGAGUACAAAAGGAUCGCUUCGUCCACCCUAAUUACCGCUCAGCCCAUAGACUCAGCCAGCAUUCUGCAAAGCGAAGCAAAGUUACAACUGUUUCGACCCUCCAUCGACUCGAUCCCUAUCCCACUUUUCCGUACCGGCUACUGGACUUCUGGGACAGCGCGACUUUCUGUUAAAAGGAGGUCCGGUUUCCCCUUUAACGACACAGAGAAGUGCAUGGUCAAUUGA